AGGAAGGGGAAAGGGGCAGGAGGAGGAAGGAAAGCGGUUGCAAUUCUCGGCUGAUAACAUUUUCUGACCGCAGCGUCCUCUCCCGCGCCCCCUGCCCUCAGACAAACAGAAAGCUGGGCAGUCGUGGAGCCUGGGGACAGCGGCGCGGACCGCUAGCCGCACGCGCCCCAGAGCCUUUGUGCGCGGGCCCCGGGCGCCCCGGGCGCAGCCCCCGCUUUGUGUGGCGCGCGCUGGGGCCCCGCCGCGGCCCGGCUUCCUGCAGCUUUGUUCCACGAGCCUGGCCGCCCGGGACCCAUCCCGCAGACGCCCGCCCCAAAUGCUGCGGGAUGCGGAGCGCCGAGUGGCCGGCGGAGCAGCUUCCCCAUCUCCGUAUCCCCAGUACGCGAACCCCAGACCUUGCACGCUCCCCGCGACAGGGGGGCCGCCGACUUGCACCCCGCUCAUUGUGCUCCCGGGGGCCGACGCUUUAAGGAGAGGGUGACUUGUUUUGCGAUUGAGCCCUUGCCCAACGUGGUGGAGCUGUGGCAGGCAGAAGAAGGGGAACUCCUACUGCCCACUCAGGGUGAUUCCGAAGAGAAUAUGGAGGAGCAUUCUCAAGAACAGAGCUUUUCAGACAAACUGUUCAGUGGAAAGGGCUUACAUUUUCAGCCAUCAGUUCUAGAUUUUGGAAUUCAGUUCCUGGGUCACCCUGCAGCAAAGAUUCUCUAUGCUUAUAACCCUAGUAGGGAUAGGGAGGUCGUGGUGAAUUCAGUGUUUACAGCUGCUAGACAUUUUCAUGUGCCUCCUGUUCAUUGCAGGGUAAUUCCAGCAAUGGGGAAAACAUCCUUCAGAAUUAUUUUCUUACCUACUGAAGAAGGAAGCAUUGAAAGUUCUUUAUUUAUUAAUACCUCCUCCUAUGGAGUCCUUCCCUAUCAUGUAUCUGGAAUUGGCACUCGAAGAGUCUCUACAGAAGGGUCUGCAAAGCAGCUACCAGACGCUUACUUUCUGCUUCCACAGGUCCAGAGCAUUCGACUUUCACAGACACAGGCGGAAGCCACUAAUACUAGCCUCUUGCAAGUGCAACUGGAAUGCAGUUUACAUAAUAAAGUGUGUCAACAAUUAAAGAGUUGUUAUAUGGAAUCCGAUGAUGUUCUGCGGCUACAAAUGAGCAUAAUUGUCACCAUGGAAAACUUCUCAAAAGAUUUUGAAGAAAACACACAAGAUUUGUUAGAUCAUCUUUCUAUUAUUUAUGUAGCUACAGAUAAAUCUGAGACCUCAGAUGAUUCGGCAGUAAAUAUGUAUAUACUACAUUCAGGAAACAGCCUUAUUUGGAUACAGGAUGUACAUCAUUUCUCACAGAGAGAUGCUCUGUCCCUGCAGUUUGAACCAGUCCUCCUACCUACUUCGACAACCAACUUUACAAAAAUCGCCUCUUUCACUUGCAAAGCUACGUCGUGUGACAGUGGAGUUAAAGAAGACAUGAAGAAAAUAAAAAAGACUUCAACACUAAAAGCGUGUCUGUCCUCUCCUGUGGUUCAAGGGUAUUUUAGAAUGGACUCCUCUGCAACCCAGUUUCACAUAGAGGCUCACGAGAACACCUCGGGAGUUUGGUCAAUGUGGUACCUCAACCAUUUUGACCGCAGUGUUGUAUUAAAGGAUGUGUUUGUUUCCAAGGAGACCAAGCAUGUUGUAAAGAUUCUGAAUUUCACUGGCCCUUUAUUUCUACCUCCAGGCUGUUGGAAUAUAUUUUCUUUGAAACUUGCUGUUAAAGACAUUGCCAUAAACCUAUUCACCAAUGUGUUUUUGACUACAAACAUAGGUGCUGUUUUUGCAAUACCUCUACAGAUUUACUCAGCCCCAUCCAAGGAAGGGAGUCUGGGUUUUGAAGUGAUAGCACAUUGUGGCAUGCAUUAUUUCAUGGGAAAAUCAAAAACAGAAAAUCCUAAUUGGGAAGGGAGUCUUUCUCUGGAUCAGUCUACCUGGGACAUGGACUCUGAAUUUGCCAAUAAAUUGUAUGAAAGAUGGAAGAAAUUUAAAACUGGUGACGGCUGCAAGAGGACUGUUUUAGGAAUGACUCGAUUUGGCCGCUUGAAGAAAUCCAAGGAGUCAGAACCCUUUGUUUUCCUUCUGCCUCGUUUGAUUGCAGAGCCCAGCCUGGUGUUAAACUUCAGCGCAACUGCCCUGAGGAGCACCGUGGUGAAGUACUUUGUGGUGAAGAAUCCUUCCUCUUGGCCAGUCUCCAUGCAGCUCCUGCCUCUCUCCUUGUAUCCUAAGCCUGAGGCUGCAGUGCGUCUGCUCCAUAAAUGGUUUGGCACCGAUAUGCAGAUGAUUAAUUUCACAACUGGUGAAUUCCAGCUCACCAAAGCUUGCCCUUACCGGGGCAUGCAUUCUGAAGAGUCCAGGGCUGGUAUCCUCCACUUACAUUUGCAGCCUCUGGAGAUGAAAAGGGUCGGUGUUGUGUUCAUGCCGGCUGACUAUGGGAAAGUUACAUCACUCAUACUAAUCCGGAAUAACUUGACGGUUAUUGACAUGAUUGCUGUGGAAGGGUUCGGAGCCAGAGAGUUACUGAAAGUGGGUGGAAGGCUUCCAGGUGCAGGAGGUUCACUCCGAUUCAAGGUGCCUGAGUCCACGCUGAUGGACUGCCGGCGACGUGAGUUCAUGCGCGUAGCCCUCCAAUGGGGAAGGCUUAGUGCUAAAGAACUGAAAGACAGCAAGCAAAUUUUAUCUAUUACAAAGAACUUUAAAGUUGAGAAUAUUGGACCACUUCCUAUAACUGUAACAUCUCUGAAAAUUAAUGGAUAUAAUUGCCAAGGUUAUGGAUUCGAAGUGCUAGAUUGUCGUCAGUUCUCCUUGGCCCCAAACACAUCCCGGGAUAUCAGCAUUGUGUUUACUCCAGACUUUACCUCUUCCUGGGUCAUCCGCGAGCUGACGCUUGUCACGGCAGCAGACCUCGAGUUUCGCUUCACUCUCAAUGUAACCCUCCCUCAUCACCUGUUGCCCUUGUGUGCAGAUGUGGUUCCAGGACCCAGCUGGGAGGAGUCGUUUUGGAGGCUUACGGUCUUCUUUGUCAGUUUGUCCCUGUUGGGUGUAAUUUUAAUAGCCUUCCAACAAGCACAGUACAUUCUUAUGGAAUUCAUGAAAACAAGACAGAGGCAAAAUGCUAGCUCAUCUUCACAGCAAAACAAUAAUCCGAUGGAUGUAAUCAGCUCCCAUUCUCACAAAAGCACCUGUAAGAACUUUCUCGAUACCUACGGCACCUCCGAUAAAGGCAGAGGAAAAAGCUGCCUUCCAGUGAACACUCCACAAAGCAGGAUCCAGAACGCCCCAAAGAGGAGCCCAGCUACCUACGGUCAUUCUCAGAAGAAGCAUAAGUGCUCAGUCUAUUACAGCAAACACAAACCCAGCCCAUCCAUCACCAGCAGUGCCAACGCCACUACUGAGGAGAAACAGACUCCAGCCCUGGGCAGCUCCCUGUCUGCCCCGAAGGAGGACGUGUGCACUGAAGUCAUGGGUGAGAACUGGAUCAGCCUCAAGUAUGCAAGUAGCAUCAGCGUUGACCUGCAAAAGAAUUUAACCCUUUCUAAAAACUUACUGAAUAAAGAGGAAAACACACUGAAAAACACAAUUGUUAUCAAUAAUACUUCUUCAGAAUGUCACAUGAAGGAGGGAAUACAGACAUGUAUGUUUCCUAAGGAAACGGACAUUAAAAUUUCAGAAAACAUAGCUGAGCUCAAGGAACGAGAGCUCUGUCCUCUGAAGACCUCUAAGAAACUACCUGAAAAUCACUUGCCAAGAAAUUCACCUCAGUACCAGUCAGACUUGCCAGAGAUUUCCAGGAAAAAUAAUGGGAAUAACCAGCAAGUGCCUGUCAAGAAUGAAGUAGACAACUGUGAAAGUUUGAAGAAGGCUGACACAAAGUCUUCCUCAGAAAAGAAGAUUCACAAAGCAUCGAAAGAAGACAUUUGUUUUGAGAAACAGGAUGUACCUUCAGUCGAGCAGGAAGAUCCUUAUAGGAAGAAGAAGCUUCAGGAGAAAAAAGAAGGAAAUUUACAAAAUUUAAGUUGGAAUAAAACUCGAACGUGUAGAAAAAACAAGAAACGGGGUGCUGCUCAGGUCUUGAGGCCUUCCGAGCAGAGUGAAUUAAAACUUGUGUGUAGUGAAUUUGAAACGUCUGAGCUGAGCGGUGACAUCAAUGUCAGAAACUGGUGUAUACAGGAAAAUCCUGGGGAAGUCUGUAAGCCAGAUGCUGGCGUUGGAAGCAGCUUACCAGCUACACAGGGAGAGGCAGAGGGCUACUACCCGAAGCCUGGGAAGAAGUGUGUGGAGAAGCCUUGCUCUGACUCCAGCUCGGACUGCGGCAGCUCCUCAGGCAGUGUGCGGGCCAGCCGGGGCAGCUGGGGCAGCUGGAGCAGCAGCAGCUCUGAUGGGGACAAGAAGCCUGCGGUGGGCCCUCCGCACUUCCUGCCAGCUGGAGAUAGUGUUCCGCAAAACGACUUUUCUGCAGAAACUCCCAUCUCCUUGAAUCUUUCUCAUAACAUCUGCAAUCCCACAAACAUGAAUGAUCUGCCACAGUAUGCAGAACCUCCCUGUCCCAGCCUUCCUGCCGGGCCUACAGGUGUUGAAGAAGAUAAAGGUCUUUACCCAGCUGGAGACCUGUGGCCCACGCAGCCUGUGUGUGUGACAAGCAGCUUCAACUGUGCUGUGGAGAACCGCGUGCCUGGCAUGAUGCAGGGCCCAGCUCCCGUGCAUAAUAGCAGUUUCAUUGACUGGAGUGCAGCCUGUGAAGGCCAGUUCCCCAACGUGUACUGUCCAUUGGAACUGAAUGAUUAUAAUGCCUUUCCGGAAGAAAACAUGAAUUACCCCAAUGGCUUCCCUUGUCCUGCCGAAAUUCAGACAGACUUUAUGGAUCACAGCUCUCCUUCUACCUGGAGCCCCCCACCCAACAUGCCGACUGCCUGGGGACACGCGGGUCUCCUCAGUUCUCCGCCCUACCUCACGAGCACCCGAAGCUUGUCUCCAAUGUCUGGACUUUUUGGUUCCAUCUGGGCCCCACAAAGUGACGUAUAUGAAAGUUGCUGCCCCAUCAGCCCCACCACGGAACAUUCGACUCACAUGGAAAACCAAGCUGUCAUGUGCAAGGAAUACUACCCAGGGUUUAAUCCGUUUCGUGCCUAUAUGAACCUGGACAUAUGGACUACCACGGCAAACAGGAAUGCAAGCUUCCCACUGUCUAGAGACUCAAGCUACUGUGGGAAUGUGUGAAAAGAAUUUGAUUUUUAAACAAUGUGAAUAAAGAGGCUUGUGUUUUGAUUACUAGCGUAAACUGGUUGUUGAGAUAGAUUAUGACAUUGGUGGAUAUUUUGGCACUUUUAUAUGAAAAUAAAUUUUUUUAAUGAAG